CUUAAACGGUUUUUAUCUUCUCCGUCCAUCCUCUGUUCCUCGACAACGAUAGAACUUCCCUAAACGCACCGUUCUUUCUUUCUCUCUCUGAAAUGGCGAAUUGCGUAUGUUGCAGUAAGCCUGUGAUGGCGGCAAAAUCUAUGGACGAUGUGGGCUUUGUGUCCACUGUGAGAAUACCGAUGAUGAUUCGAGUUGUUGUGCGUCCCGGUACAUCUACGAGUUCCAUGAGCCGGAGGAACUACCGGGUCUGUGGUGUGAGAGCUUCGAUGGUUGAUUCGUAUGAGAGCUCGUCUAAUUUCGUUAAGCGCAUGGAGCAAGCCUGGCUAAUAUCUGAGCAACCAAGGCCAGUUGCUUGUUCUUCUUGCAACUCAAAUGGGCAUGUUGAAUGUAAAUGGUGUGGAGGUACGGGCUUCUUCAUUCUCGGUGAUAACAUGCUCUGCCAAGUCCCAUCCAGAAACACCAGCUGUGUUAUUUGUGCAGGAAAGGGAUCAACGUGCUGCUCUGACUGUAAGGGAACUGGGUUCCGUGCCAAGUGGUUGGGAGAGCCUCCAGUUCCUAAAUAAACUCUGGUUUUGAAAGCUCAACUGCCAAAGUAGCAGGGGAUGUUGCAGGGGCGUGGCAUGAUAUUUGCUUAUGGAUUCUCUUCCAUUUCCAGUUUAUGAACGAGUAAUGAGUAAUCAUGCUUGAAGCCUCAUUAACUUCACAGUAUAAAUACAUUCCUUCCAUUGUUUAAGGUGUAAUUACCAAAGCACGUUGACAAUCUCAUUUUAGCCAAAUUUGUAUUAUAAGUUAUAGAACGCAGAAGAAUCAGCCUUAACGAAUUUUCUACUCGGGUCUAGUUUGGCUGUGCUGCCAUUGUUGACAUAGACCCUAAGGCUUAAGUUCUGCUUUGAAUACCUUCAAAGUGUUUGGUAUUAUGCAAAUCAGAUUGGUUCCAGACUAAGUUAGCGGGUCUUAUUUAAA